GAAAACUGGCCAGUAGCCAAAAUCGACUUGAUUCGAUUGAUAAGGUGUCUUAUACAAAGCCUCUACUGUAUUAGGAAAAAUAGUGACGAUGCCGUGACGAAAGUUAUUAUCCCGAAUUUUCGAGUCAUAUGAGACGAUUGUUCUUUUAAACGAUAUGCAUGAAUGUUUUUAACCAAUGUCAACAGCGACGUAACAUUGUGCGGUAGGAUUACUAAUAAUUGACGAAUGUAAUGAACAAUUAUUAACGUGUUAACGUUCAAUUACUCAAACGUUCUUGACCUGUCAUCACCCCUGCCAUUCUUUCGCACGAAUUCACGUCAUUUCCACGAUCAUCGAGACAAUGUUUUAUAACCGAUGCCAAUUCCACAUGUGACAUUCAUAAUCCCCUCGCUGCGAGCAAUAUCAAGGGAAAAACAACGGAUCUGUUCUCUUCUUUGAAAAAUUGAAGAAUGGAGCGUUGGACGGGAAAAAUAGCUGUGGUCACUGGCGCGUCCUCCGGGAUCGGUCAGGAAAUAGCGAAGAUGCUCGUAAAAAAGGGGAUGAUUGUCGUGGGCUUGGCCCGGCGGAAACAAAAAAUGGAGGACGACAUGAAGGGGUUGUCAGGAGUUAAGGGAAAGUUCUACGCUGUGAAGUGCGACAUUUCGAAGGAUGAAGAAGUUGCCAAGGCAUUUGAAUACAUCAAGAAGAAUAUAGGAACCGUGCAGGUACUAGUAAACAACGCGGGAUAUGCUACACCCGGUGGUUUUUCCGUGACAACUCCUGAAACUUGGAGAGGAGUUGUCGCGGUGAAUAUGAUGGGCGCAAUGUACUGCGCGAAAGAGGCCUUGAAAAUGCUGCAGGAGUCGAAACUCGAGGGCCACAUCAUCAACAUGAACAGUAUUCUGGGGCAUCGAGUCGUGAAAUUUCUGGACCUCGAUGGAAACGUUUAUGCAGCGACGAAACAUGCGAUCACUGGGUUUUCAGAGACACUGCAGAGAGAGCUCAUGGGGCAGAACAUUCGGGUCACGAGCAUCAGUCCAGGAUUUGUAAUCACUGAGAUUGUGAAAGAAAACAAUUUCGAUGCGGCGCUCAUGAAGGAGCCGGCCUUGGAACCGGUGGACGUGGCCGAAGCUGUGGGCUACGUCAUAGGAACCCCGCAGAGGGUCGAGGUCAAGGAGUUGAUCCUUAAGCCGCUGGGGGAGAGGGCAUUCUGAAUCGACGGAUCUCUGGUCGUUAAUUUGGAAUUAUGAAAACUAAUUAUGCAAACGUAAUUAAUGAGUUUGGAAUACAUGAGGAAGUGUUUUAUGAA